AUGUUCAAAACGAUGAGGAAUUAUUUCAUGCUAAAUUUUAAAAGAAACUAUCGACACUAUUCAAGAAAGAAAAACAUAAACAACAUAAACCGAAAAAUAAACGACCCUUAUAGUGACCUGUACAAAAUGAACUAUUACGGAAACAAUUUCAAAAGACUUCCAAAUAAGAAAACCAAAUCGAAUGAAUACGAGCUGAUCAGAACGUCCAGUAACACCUUUACCUACUCGUCCCCAUACCCCCCAAACAUUAACUACACCUUGAAACCCUAUCCUGAUUCGGCGAAGGAUUUCUACUACGAAAACAGAAAAUAUGUGAUGAAAUACAAAAACGUGGAAUACAUUCCUAUUAAGAGAAUGGUGUGUAAGGGGACAUGCAGACGAACCAACUGGGACACAUACUACUUGAGGGUUGAAAAUUCUCAAGGGGCAAAAAAAAAAAAAAAUCACAGAGUUGGGAAAUCGCAAAGUAGGGAAAUCGCAAAGUUGGAAAAUCACAGAGUUGGAAAUUUCAAAAUUGCAACGUUGCGCAGUUGCAAAAAAGUGAGCGGCAAAACGUACUACACGUAUGCUCAACUGUGA